AUGCAGGCAUUAAAUAAACAAAUAGAUAAGAUACAAAGUAAUAUUGAAUGGAGAGUGGAACAGGGGAAAAAUAAGGUAGAGAAAAAUGACCAAGAAACUCAAACAGUGAAUGAGAGACUGUAUACACUGAAAGAAAAAAUAGAAACAUACGAGGAUUUUGAAAAGAUAAGAGAAGAAAGAUGGACGGAAGAAAGCUUCGAAAAUACGGAAAUAAGACGAGGAAACCCGCUACAUAAUAAAGAUAACACUGUACUAGUAGUACUAGUAGAUCCGGAAGACCCCAAAAUGGAGAGGGGAAUACAAAAAAGGAUCAAAACAAGAUAUCCUGACGUGGAAGACAUUGAGGAAGAGAUAGGUGUCAUUGAACAAAUAUAUAAAAUCAAGACGAAAGACCAAAUGGAAACGAAACGCCGGAAGAUCAUUAAAAUGACGUACAAAAGCACGAAAGAAGGCAAAUUGAUAAUCACCAUGGAUAAAGACGCCAAAGUAAUGGGAAAAGUAAAGGAUGCUAUUAUUAAAAGCAACGAAUCAAUCCACGUAAAGCAAUUUGGUGAUGGAAACAAAGAGAUUAUACACAUAAGAGGUAUGGACGCUUUGGCAGAUAAGGAAGAGAUUCAGACAGCCAUACAAGAGAUAAUAGGGAAAACGAAUUGUAAAAUGGAGCUAGGUGAGCUAAGACCGAUGCUAGAUGAAACGAGAGCAAUCUCAGUAAAAAUAGACAAGCAGGGAGCCGAAAUACUAUUAAAACAUAGGAACAUUAAAAUUGGUUUCACAAGAUGUGAAAUAGAGAGAAGAAUUAACAUACAAAGAUGCUUUAAGUGCUGGGGUUUUGGACAUUCUAGCAGAGAUUGCUCCGACCCUGAUAGGGGAAAACUAUGUUUUAAAUGCGGCAAGGAGGGGCACGUUCUAAGAGACUGCCAAAAUGAAGAGCAUUGUCCGAUAUGUAACCAGGAAGGGCAUAAAGCCGGCGCUGGAAAAUGUGAGGAAUUUAAAAUGGAAUUGAACAUACGGAGGAAUGCAGAGAGACAGUAUUGGAGAAAAGAAUGGGCCAAAGAAGUUAAGCAGGCUCAGUAA